GAGAAGUUAGAGGUUCGAUGAAGAUGAAGCUUUUUCAUGGAACUUACAUCAUUCACAUCAUCGUCUCCAUAUUCGCCAUCUUUUCUAGCAUCCUCGUUACGACUUACUAUCCCGACUCUGGCAUCGGAAGAAGCCUCCGCAGCUUCGUCAAAUCGUCUCCGAGGAAUCUUACCGUGUCUUUUUCCAUGAAGAUUCCGAAGAAAGAAGAUCUCAAGGCUAAUCCCAGAGACGCGGAUCGGUUUCUUCAGGAAAAUUUCUACAGAGAAUCGUGCCCGCGCGCCGUCAAAAUCGUCCGUAACUCCAUGAGAAGGAUGUACCAUGCCAAAUCAAGCAUAGCUCCGUCUCUCGUCCGCCUAGUCUUCCACGAUUGCUUCAUCGGGGGAUGUGAUGCAUCAGUCCUUCUAGACUCAGACAAGUCUUUCCUUUCUGAGAAAGAGGCAGCUCCAAACCUUUCUUUGAAAGGGUUUGAUGUGAUUGACUCUAUCAAGUCUGAGUUAGAGGAGGUCUGUCCAGGAGUUGUUUCAUGCGCAGACAUUAUUGUUCUAGCUGCCAGAGAAUCAGUUGAACUGACAGGAGGUCCGAGCUACUUCCUCAAAACAGGGAGACGGGAUUCUAUGGUAGCCUUCAAGGAAGCUGCAGGACGGGAGCUUCCUGCGCCAACCGCCAAUUUAUCAACUAUCCUGUCAAGCUUCGCCUCCAGAGGUUUCACGCCGAGGGAAACAGUCGCUUUACUAGGGGCACACAGCAUAGGCAUUACCCACUGCAAUUUUUUUCAGGAGCGAUUGUACAACUUCUCAGGAACCGGAAAGGCUGAUCCAGAACUCAAUCCGCGGUUCCUCCAAGAUUUAAAAACCAAAUGUCCCUUCGCUGCCUCGACCUCAUCUGCAUCUCCUUAUGCUGCUGAUAGUUCAACCCGGUCUUUGCAUGCAUCCAAUAGCCAGGACAUGGUGAAUUCGAAUGUGGAUAAGGUCGUCGACCUGAGUUUUGACAACGAAGGAGGGAAUGAUGGGUUUGGGGUAAGGUAUUACAAAGGACUAUUGCAUAAAAAGGGAGUAAUGUUCUCGGAUUCACAGCUAAUGGCCAAAGAGGAGACAGAGAAAUGGGUGAGACAAUAUGCUUCUGACAAGCACAGGUUCCGUAAGGAUUUUUCGAUGGCGAUGACGAAACUAUCCAACAAUCAAAUCUUAACCGGCAAUGUUGGACAGGUCAGGAUUAAAUGUUCCAAGAUCCAUUGAGUAUUUUUUUUUCUUUUUCUCUUACCACUGUAUCGUGUACUUUUCAAGUCUGAAACUCUAUACUAUAAGGUUUUUGAGACUCAGGUCCGUAGUUUGAAUAUUUGACCUGAGUAGGUAUUGGUCUUAUGAGAUCUUGUGACUCUAUAUUCUCUAUCCUCGUAUUUCUUUCAGUUAGUUGUUCUUAA